CUAGUGUAGUCAUGUAGGAUGAGCAAGAUUUCAGUAGAUUUUCUACUGCUGAGAAAGGAUGUAUCAUCGUGUAGCAUUCACUGCGGUCAGUUCAAGCUGCAUAGAUUUGCAGCGGUUCGACACGAACGACUGCUGGUACUUCUUUGAUAAGGUACAAGCGCGAGUGGCUUGUUCAAAACACGAUGUGUAGGCCUUGUUCCAGAUGCGAAACAACCCUGAUUCAGUUGAAGAGCAGUUGUCACAGGCCUGUAUGGCGAGAAAUCUGCCAGAAGCUGCUUUGUUUAGCUUGUGCAUUGAUUCUGUUGGUGGCUUUUCAAAAAGUAAGUGCUUUUUGAAAUUGAGAAGUCAUGUCUUGUCUCACAUUUCUUUGGAUUGGAAAGGCAUGUUUGUCUAUGGACGUUUCCCGUGAACAAAUGUCUUGUAUUCACAUUGCACAUGAAGCAGUUAAUUGGAACAAGCAAUUCAGUUGGCGCAACCAUUUCUUUUGAACAAUAUUCAUUCAAUCUGUGAACAACUGAUCGCCUGAACAACCACCAUAGCAAUGAGCUUGCCGUUGCCAACAGCUAAGAUUAUUGAAAUUCAACGUCCAAAGUGAUGGUGAGCAUCUUAUCUCUCCGUGCACUUAGAAUAUUCAGUGCGUGAGAGAGGGUUUGUCUUCUUGGCCAUCAGCCCAUAACCUGUUUGCGAUCAUCAGCGACGGAGAAUGUUAGAGUAAAACCGCUCUAGAUCCGUGUCGAGAAGGGAGAGCCAUUGGGAGACCUAUUCUGUCGUAACUAAGCAUUCCGACACGACAAUAGCGUCAACUUUAGUGGAAAUCGUCCACCCGGAAGCCACGAUCUCUGAAGAUUGCGAAGGGGUAGAAUGAGCCCGUAAAACAUGUGAUUGUGCACACGGAGCUAUGGCUCACUCAAGCCAGUUUGAAAGUUUCGGACCCUUGAGUGUGUCGAGACGAGAGCGGCGUGUGCUCGAAGGAGGUCCGAUAUCUGAGGAACGGUUUCUGCAACUGCAAAGUGAGGUGUAUCGUCUGCGGAAAGAAGCAAAUGCAAGGGACGAGGAACACAAACUAUUGCUUGCCAAGCUAUCUAGGGCCGAAGAUGCAGCAAAACGAAACAUAAGGGAUUGCUUCCAACGGUCUUUGGAGCCUAGUAAAAUGAAAACUAAUAUAAUUGCGGCCGUCAAUCACACGUUUUACACCGAUCAAAGAGUGAGAGAGUUGGACGAUAAGCUACGAGAUAAACAAAGGGAAUUUGACAAGGUAAAUGAGUAUAACAAGCAGUGCAAGGCUGACAUCACCAGCUUGAAAACAAGACUGGACAUUAUGUCGAGGCAUGCGCGACGGACCACACAUGUCGUCACUCCUCGUGAUUUAAGCUCUGCGAGCUCCGGCUAUUACGAGAAGGGGGCAAAGGAACUGCGCAAGGAGCUUCAGAACCUGCAGACGGAGAACCUCAAUCUGCAGUUUCAAUUAUCAAACCUAUCUCAACGACCACUGUCCAGAAAAGCAGAGUCUAGAUCUUCGCAGAGUAUGCAAGAUGUUUCUUGCCAGGCAGAAAACGGUGACUUGGAGGAAUAUGUGUUGAAGCAGAAUAUGCAGUCCGCGCAAGAAGCCUCUGUUCAAAUGAUUGAGACGUGGCAACAGCUAGAGAAUCUGCAGAAUCUUUACGAUAAUUCCAUGGCAGAAUUGCAAUCACUGACAGCGAAUGACGAGAAACUGUUAGGCAAAUUGCGCGACGCUCGUCUUGAGCUAAAUGAGGAACGAAAGAAGUCCAUGCGCUUGGAGAUUUCUGUGAAGAAUCUGUCGCAGGAAGUGGAUAUUGCCAAGCAAACGGAAAUCCUCCUGCAACAGGCACGCCAGCAGAAUCUCCAGCUGGAAACUGAGAACGCUGAGUUAAUUUCGUCAGCCUUAAGAAGCCCUGUCCGAUCAAGGCCUAACAAAGUUGACUAGAAGGCAAUCAUUCAGCAGCCACUGUUACAGGAAAGCCAGGCAUGACGUACGCUCCGCUCCAGACCAACCGGGCUCUCAAAGUUGCAACAUCUUGUUGCUGUUGCCAAGUCGUCUCUAAGAAACUUUGGUUUCAUAAAAUCACAAACAAUGAACCUAAUGCUGGGACAGAUCCAGAAUUGCAAGGCAGAUCACCUGGUUUCCGUGUCAUUAAGAGGUGAUAUUAUCACAACAGCAUGUUGUUGGUCCAAUCUGACCCCACUGUUUAUCUAAAAUGACACAUUCUGUGUGACGCUCGUUCAAUGAAAUGGUGGCUAGUGUAUAUUAACAAAUUGCUAAAAUCAUCAUUCAGAACUUUCUGCACUUUCCUUGUGAAA